AUGUAUCACUUCCAGAACAAGCCCAAGGAAAGGGCCAUGUCGGUGGAAGACCGCGAAAACCAUGCUGCGACGCACCACAACACGACCGAGGCGAACCUCAACAAUGAGUCCAUGAAGGUGGCCAAGGAAAUCGCUGCAAGACGCGCCAGCAACGAGGUGGAAAUGAACCGAGAGGGCCAUCCGAACCUGAAGUUUGACGUGGAUCCACUUGAGCCAGACCACUCUCUGCCGCCGUCGCAGAGAACGCUGUAUGCAAAGCAAGACCGCGAGGCGAAAGGCGAGGUACCAUCACAUGUUGCCGAUGCGUCCACAGCAACGCGCAAUGGUUCCAUCGUCGAGAAGGUGCAGAGGUUCGGAUAA